AUGACGGCCAAAUCGCCAGCGGACCGUCCCACAGCUACCACUUUGCUGCAGAUGACUGAUGUGUUCUCAGAGGGAGAUGCAAUUUCGAUGGUGUCGAACGACGACAUGCUCAAACGCGACCGCCAGAUCGAGGCGCAGGCCGAAACUAUCCAGGCGCAGGCUGUGGAGAUUGCACAUCUCCGACGGGAACUGUUGAAGUUAAAGAAUAUCGAGUGACCGCUUAAGUGAACGUUUACUGACGAGCCUGUUUUCCUUAUAUGCAAGUCCCAGCCCCGGUGGAUUCCCCAGUCGAGGCGAUCAGACGAUGGGGUGUGAUGCUGUGUACGAGCUUUGAUUGGUAUCAAGCGGUGUCGCAAAGCCCACCCCUGGACUUGUCCACUUUCUUGAGAAGUUAAGAUACGUCGAGCACGGGUGGUAGCGAAGGUACGCUUCCUACGCUCAGUGCUGUGCUU